AUGGAAAAUAAUCAGUCAUUAGGACCAUUAUUCUUGUCCCGAAUGAUGGCCGAAGGUCUUGGUUCUGAUAGUGGCGAGAGGUUGAAGCGGUUUUUGAAAGUUCUCGUGUUAUGCCUGAUCGCCAGGUCUGCGUUGGCCGGUAUCGAGGGUAGCGAUCCUGGAGGCUGGCAAGGGAUAUCUAGUGGUAACAGUUACGGGACAGGACACGGGUUAGACUUAGGUGGACAUCUGUCAGGAGGUCUUCACGAUGACGUUUCCAAUUACGGUUCCUACGGGGGUGGAGGACUCGAUCACGGGUUACACGGACAUGUUCAGCAUCAUUACGCACCUGCUGUACCUGUGAGCGAGCACGUUGAAAUUACGAGGCCUGUUCCGAUACCUGUUGUCAGAAAUAUCGGAGUGCCAGUUGCCCAGCCAGUGGCGAUAGCAGUGCCGCAUCCGGUGGCCAUUGGGGUACCGCAACCGUACCCAGUCCACGUACCGGUCGCGAAGCCGGUCCCGAUCCCGGUGGUGAAGACCGUCGCGAUCCCGGUCGAGAAGAAGGUUCCGUAUCCGGUGGAGAAGAUUAUACCAGUCCCGGUCGAGAAACACGUGCCUAUUACCGUGGAGAAGCACAUACCCGUGCCCGUGGAAAAACCGUACCCGAUUCACAUUCCGGUCUACAAGCACGUGUUCCAUCGGGUCAAGUCCCACGGAGGCCACGGAUGGAGCCAUUAG